CCUGUCAGGAGACUGAGCAACAAGCGGUAGUGAUUACACUGGACUACAUCCUGAGAUACUAUCCUAUACCACAACGACCCCGCAGCUUUCCCCGCAUCCUAAUAAGAGUGACUAGCAAAGUGCAGAAGCGAUGCAAGAAGUUUUUCCCGUUUUUCAUGAGUGCUAGCGAACCGUGAAGAAGAGAAGGCAUUUUAACCCGGCUUAAAGCUAGCGGGAGUGAUUGCAAAACGUGACCGAGGAUUAAUUGUGACAAAAUUUAUGGUUGAUUCAACUGAAAGCACGCUGGGCUAGUGGGAAACGGAAAGCUUCCUCCAAGAAGAAAUUUGAUUGAAUUUUCCUCUCCCAGGGUGGUGUGCGUGCGCCUUUUGACUGCAGGGAAAGAAAAAGUGAGCACACGUAGUGUGUGAUUGAAUAGGGAAGCACAGCCAAAGGGAAACAAACCCCUUUCAGGACGAAGGGCAACUAGUGUACUGAAUAUAACCACCGAGUGUGCUUGCGGGGGCGGUGUUAUUUUUAUCAAAGUCAAAGCACAACAUAGAAACCUGUUAACAUAGCGCGCUGUCACUAGCUUGAGCAUAGUGGCAUUUUCUGAUUGAAGCAUAUAUCUAGUGGCCACGCUGGUAUCUCCGGUGGUGUUUGUGUGAUCUGGUGCGAAGGAUACGGGGAAGAUUAUCGCGAAAACGACAACAAGUGGUGCGGACGUUUCCCAGAAAAUACCGAAGAUAAAAAUAGCUACUUGCAUCGCAGCCGACAACAUGGGGAACUUUGGGAUUCUUUUGCCGCCAAAAUUGAUUCUGAGGAUUUCGAUGCUGCUCUUCUUGGUCGUUCAUGAUGCAAGCUGUCAAUAUACGGACGGAAGCCGACGAUUGAAACCAUGCGAAUUGGAAUCAUUGCUGCGGGACCUGACAUAUCCGGAGGAAGGCUAUGAAAUGCACGCGGCAGCACUGCGAAAUCAACUGAGGAAUAUCCUUGAGAGGGAUCCGACGGACGGGGCAUAUCAAUCGGUGGACGAGUACGGCGGCUAUGAGAGCUCGGGCCCUUAUGAGGACAAACGAUCCUAUCGUUCACUGCUACGGGACGGACCGGUGUAUGGAAAACGCAAUCUUGGUUCGUUGGCUCGGGCUGGUUUGCUCAGAACACCUUCCGAUUACCUUAAACGAAGCAUUGCGACGCUAGCGAAAAACGGACAGCUUCCAUCAAACCGCGAGCCUGACGAGGAAGAGUCGUCCUUGCCGGAGGAGUGGAACGAGGACAAACGGAACGUAGCGUCAGCCUUCCGAUCGGGUUACAUGAUGAACGGAAAGCGCAAUAUUGCAUCACUCGCGAGGAAAUAUGAACUUCCCGGAAAGCGAAACAUUCAGUCAUUGCUGCGUACCGGAAUGCUCCCGUCGAUUGCACCCAAGCGGAACAUGCAGUCGCUGGCACGCGAUAACUCACUUCCACACUAUGCGGGGCUGGCAGGUUCGGAGAAUAAACGUAACAUUCAAACGUUGGUACGCGAUUGGAACCUACCGAAGCAGCAGGCCGGUGGACCGAGCGGAAACGAGAAGCGCAACAUUCAGUCGCUGAAGAAUUCCCAAGGCCACAAUGAUGGCAGCAGUGGUGGGCGCAAGAAGCGGGAACUGUACUACGACGAUGGAACCUUGGAUGACAGUACGCCCGAAAUUCUUGAACCCGUCUACCAAUCCGCCCCGCUGGACUACGAGGAGCUGUUGGAGGCGAUGAGUGAGGCAUAUCCGUACUAUACGCCCACUGGCAAUCAUCUGGAGCAGAAGCGGUUUCUCGGUUCACUAGCGCGUACUGGUAUGUUAAAUCGCUACCGUGGGUGGCAUCACAAGCGUUCAACAUGGAGCUUUGAUGACUCGUACGACGAGAACAACGAAGACGACGACGUUGAUGAUGAAAGAGAUAUGGAUUCUGACGAGCAGGAAAAUGAUGAAGAUGCUGAGCGUGGUUACCAGUCGCCUCAAAAGCGCCACAUUGCCUCUCUCGCGCGAUCCGGGUGGUUACCCUCGUUCCGACCGUCAAGGGCAGCAGGCCGUUUCAGUCGAUCCGGAAGGGCGAGGUCGAGUUAUACCUCCAACCCGAGCGACUACGACAACCAACCGCCGACGUUUGUAGACGAUGCGACACUAUCGGCGACGGCAGCGGAUUACGAGGCGCCCCAUCUCCCUAUGUUGGCAGUAUCAGCAGCAGCAGCAGUUCCUGGGGAUCCCCCGGUCUACAAUCUACGUGGGGCUCAGCACCGCCCCGAGUUGCCGCGCUACACUGGCGACGCUUUCGGGACUCGACCCCGAUUCUACGGAGGCGGACCGCACGAGGAACUUCCGGCGUACUACGGCGGUUCCAGUGAGACCCCGCUGAAUCCAUUCUUCACCGAGGACGAGUUCUACUGUGCCGCCCGUUUGCGCAAGCUGCUCUACUAUCUCAAGAAACAGUACUACCUGGACAAUAAAUACAUACAGUCGGUUUACGGACGGAAUGCUUUAAGAUACAAUUAAGUAGAAUAGUGAGUUUGGAACCACCAACAAACAAUGGAAGAAGCUGACACAGGACAAUAAUUUGCACUAGUUAAUUAAGGUAAUAUUGCUGACACUGUAUAUUGUUUCAUUAGUUUGUAAACUAGGAAGGUGGCGUUUCGGAUAUCAACUCGCCGAGCAAAAAGUGUGAAAUCCAAAAAAUGUUGUUUAAACUUAUAUAUUAUACACACGUAUGAACUAAGACAGAACAAGACAAAAAAGGAGCCCCCUUGUAAGUGUUUAUAAGCAUUUAUACACUGUAUUGAAAUGUAGAUUUAGGUAACCAUUACAGACAAUUUUAAGGUAUAUUUGUCAAAUAUCAAACUGUAGUCAACAGUCAAACAGGUUAAGAUUUAAAACUACUUGAUUUUCGUUAUAUCUCUGAAAAUCUUCCACUACUUGGCUUCCUCCCUGCGGAGUAGGCAUAAACUUAACAUAACCAAUAUCUCUAUUCCCAUAUCCCUUUCUUCAUAUCAAAUAGAAAACCAAAAAGUGAAACACUGAACUUUUUAUAUUUAAGGCAAACAAACAUAAAAUAUCUUCCUUCUUUUAAUAACCUUAUUAUAUGAAAUUUUAUCCAUGUAUAUUUAUAGACUUUACAGUAUACAGAAUCAAAUAUGAGAGCAGAAGAACUAGAAGAAAUGGGGGCGAAACUAGAUGCUAACCAUUUCACUGGGGCACAACUUCCCAGAAGAAAGGGUCUUAGCUGGGCAUGUUCAGUCCCGAGGAACAUCCCUAGUACGGGAAAGCCAUCCCUUAGUAAUCAACCUUCGAAACCCCGAAACGGUUUACGGAUGUUCAAUCAUUUGUUUGCUUUGGUACCGCAACCAUUUCACCGUGGCGUUCGCGGUAAAUGGUCAGCCAAAAACACAGAGGCAGCUAAUAAUUCCGAGGGACCAUUUCGGCUAGAACCCAUGAGAUGUCCCUAAAGCAUCGUUCACGGGAAAGUGGUCUCUCGCAAUCAACACGAAACUUUCCGGUGAUGGUACACUGGGUUGGGGUGGACUGCCUAGAGGUGGAAUCCGACGACAAACAAAAAAAAAAGAAUGAAAAACAUCGAUCCUCACUUCCCUUUGUGUGAAACUUUUUCUUUAUCUAAUUCCGAAACUGAGUAGGAUUCGAAAAGUAUGUUUAGACGUACAGCUGAAUUGACGGGCGCAACAGAAAGUUUCGGGAAAAGCAUGAGGAAUUAUGCGGAGAACUGGCAGAUGAAGUGAUAUCAAUUUGAAAUUAAAUUGUCUCGUUAGCCGGUUUCUGUUUGGGUUUUAACAGCGUUUCACCGAUAUACGGGCAUAGUAACAAUUGGGGAUUUCCAGUUUUUUUUGUCGGUUUUGAGUUGUAGGAAGUCGUACCAUUUUCCAAGGAUGUCGGCAAUUGUUCAUUCUGUAUGUAUGCUGUAAAAGCUCUAGCGUUGGCGAACGGUGGAGCCCAGACGGAAUCGAUUGAAAAGAAAUCGAACAAACUGUAGAUCAUUGUCGUUUAAUUUCCAUUUGCACGGUAAACAAACCGUAACGAAUAUUGGAUGCGUAAUGCUGCCAGAGGGCAUUAGAGGGGUUUGAUUGAAUUUAUCUUUAGUGCCGAAGCGACUUCUAUCAUCUAUCUGUAUCCAUUAAACUGAUCCGCUUUUGGUCCAGCUUUAUUGGAUUCAUUAAGUUAACUUCGUUUCAAGUAUUUCCAUUGCUUACAAUAACCUGUAGCUUAGCGCACCGUGAACGGUAUUAUCGUCGACAUUCGGUCGAUGAACAGAUCGAAUCAUAAAAGCAAAUCAUUUUGCAUCUAUUCCGAUUAUUUAGUUCAGUAACGAUAAACUCAAAUGUUUAUUUAACGAACUGUAAGGAGCUGAAAUAAUGAAACAUUUUCAUAACGGUUACGAUUAAUGUCCCAUGUCGGAAUUGGGUCGGGGUCAUUUCGCCGAAAGUGUCAAACCGACGAAUUUUACAAUUGUCUUACUAUUGUAUUGGAGUUCGUUUAAAAUAAAGAGCAAUGGUAGAUGAUAGUGUUCAUUUCUCUGAGUUUAAUUAAGAACAAAUAGACUCUUCAUUUAAUUUUUCAGAUAGUUUUAUAAUCUCAGACUGCAAUUUUAGGAAAGCUAGUUACUAUUUAUUUACUUCCAUUCUACGGCAUGUACCGUGCAGAUGAUUUCAACAUAAGUCAUGUCGAACUGAUUAAACAUGUCCUUUUGCUAACUUAUAAUUGGGUUUCAUGGAAUAAAAGUCCAAAGAUGACUGGUUUCGUUAAAUUUUCUGCUGCACUUAUUCACCGGAUGAUUUUGUCUAUAUACAGUACCAUGUCUAGGUAUCAACCGAAAAGCGAGAUUCCUUACAGCACGAGGAGGAACAUAUAAAUUUAUCCUCGCUAGAAUUUCAGAGCAGUCAAUAUUAUUUAUUUUUAUAUCAAAAAUAAACAUUCUUUGUAAAAAAAGUACGGUGGGAUUCCACAGAUGGCAAAUUAAGCAAUCUAUCGAUAUACGGUGGCAAAUGCAAUGGAUCAUUCCAUCGUAGUUUUCUCAGUGCAAAACUUACGCUUCAAUCUGUAGUUUUGGACGUCGUAGCAUGGCGCCCAAACUUGUACUGCGUAUUCCAAUAUACUGCGAACUAGAGCGCGGUAAAGUGCCUCCAAAAUGUAGAAAUCAUUGAAAUCAGUAGUAUUAGAAAUUUAUGAAACCCAGUAUUGCACAUUUUUUUCCUUUGAUGCAGAAAUAUGUUCCGAAAAGGUGAGUUUUUUUAUUAAAAAAUACACCUAAAUCAAGGAUGGAAUCCACUGUUUCAACUAGUACUUGGUCUCGAAGGGUGUAUUCGAAACAACGCAGAAAAUGCGUAUUAAUCUGCAUACCAUUAAACAGAGCAGGAUCAGGGAGCCAUUUCGCCGAAAGCCAUUUCGCCGAAAGCCAUUUCGCCGAAUGCCAUUUGGCUGAAUGGGCCACUUCACCGAAUGCCAUUUCGCCGAAAGCCGUUUCGCCGAAAGAGUCAUUUCGCCGAAUCCUGAAAUCGUCUUAAAAUCGUAAUUAGAAUUGAUUUAAAAUAAAAAAAAUUAAAUAAAAUAAAGACAAAUGGAAGAUGAUAGCGUAAACGCCCGUUUUGUUGACCUACAAUUGUACUUCUUGAAUAAAGAUUGAUUCUUGUAUUGAUUCAUGAACCUCAGAAAGUAGUUCCCAAGAAAACUUGUUGACUAUUAGCUACUACCCAAGUAGCACAUGUAACUUGUUCAUAAAAAAAUAAAAACAAAACAGAUGCUGCAUAAUGGUCGCAUUACAAACACGACGAAACAAGUCGUAUUAUGAUGGUGACAAUGGAGACAAAAUAAUGUUACUAAUUGACAUCUCAUCAUAAUAAGUUACAAUAAGUUCCAACGUAACAUUUCGGUAAACUAACUCUUACGACGUGCUCGCAUUAACUGUUUUUAGUCGUCAACUGGUUACCGUAACAAAAUGUGACAAUGAAAAAAUGACACACUACAAGACAAAGCUUAGUAAUGAUUUCAUAUCGGUUACCGUAUUCGUUGUGAUGCAACAAAGAAAUACAAUUACAGUGUCGGUUGAAAGCUUCCGUACAUUAUCCCGGACAAUAAAUAAGAAGAAUAAGUAGAAAAUUCCUUCAGUUUAAGAAAUUGGCUAAAGUCGAAUCUACGCUUAUACGCAAAUUUUUUGGCGGUACAUGUGCGAAGCAAACUUGUUUCGUUUUGAAAAGUACAUUCGCACUACCAGAGAGAAUAUUUCUACACUUUGUCACGGCAGUGUAUGCAUGGAAACACUUAUGCCAUGAUCAGGGAACGAAAUAUUCAUUAAAUUUGAAAAAAAUGCAAUUUUCAAUUAUUGCGCUUGGUCAACUGUUUUAACUUUGGUAUAUGAAAAACUAAUUUUAAUCACAAAAAAGUUCUAACUGAACAUAUUUCGACUUUUUAGCUGUAAAUUUCAUAUGACGGGAAGAAAAAUAUGAAUAUUAUUUUGUAUGCCGAUGUUCUGAAACCCAAAAUAUCGAAGGCGCGCACGUUUUCAAUAAGUACAAUGAUCACCAUAAAUAUCGAAUAGCACUUAGAUUUUGAGUAGAUAUAGUAAGUUAAAAGAAUAUUGAAUUCUAUAUUUUAGCUCUCAUUAUUGGAUGCCAAUUUUUGGUCGUAAAUGUUGAAUGGGAAAAACACCAACAAAUUGCAACUUGACACAAACUUAUAUUUUCUGUUUCAUUGUGACUGAUUUGCGCGCUGAAUCAAAUCGAAUAUUCUUUACUGAGAAAUUGUUUGGCAACCCUUGGUAAGUCGCACAAGCUCCGCCUCUUACGCUUUUCAGGUUACAUAGCAGUUAUAAUGCAUGUUGCAUAGUCUUCAACUUGUUCCUUGAAUCUGUGUCAUAUAAGUUACUGUCAUUGAAGUGUAAUAACGUGAGCUACUUGGGUAAGCAUCAAAGCAAUUGCAUAGGUGUAUCUACCAGGCAAAUGUAUGUGGUAUUUUCCGUUUAUUAAGUGAAAAUGAAAAAUUAUUGAAUGCGGCUACGCCAAAUCGUUUUGCUUCAUGUGCUGUCAGACCUCGCUACCGCUCGUUCGGACCUAAGAAACUUAGCUUUGCGUAGACCGGGCAAACGAGGCGGUUACAGGUUUUUAUGCAAGAGGCCGCCGCUUCCGACGGCGGGUUGGCGGCCGACUAAGCUAGCGUCGGUUCGGCGGCUUUGUGCCGCCCAGCCAUCUUGGCUUAGGUUAUGUGGAUGCGCCACAUCAGUUAUACAGGAGACAUAGUAUGCAGUAGACAUGACCCUUUCAGCAAAAUGACCCUUUCGGCGAAAUGACUUUUUCGGCGAAAUGACCCGCUCCCCAUUAAACAAACAUCAUUGCGCAAUACUAAUUAUGUCUUCUUAAAGUACGAUAAAAUCGAUACUUGAAGUAAUGGAACGGAAGCAUUUUAGGUCAUCAGCAUAGAGUAAUUUUCCUGAUUUUAUGCGAGUAUACAGGUCGUUGAUAAAUAAAACGAAAAUUAGCGGCCCCAACUGAUGACCUUGUGGAACACCGGUUGGCAUUUCGAAUAGAUUUCAGCGUGCGUUAACAAUCCUGACAAAUGCGACUCGUCCAGAGAGAUAUGAUUGAAAUCAUCUGGAUAACCAUGGGUUUUCCAAACUGUUAAAUUCCUUCUCUCUCGGGAAUUAUAAUCUAUUGUUCCAUUUCUAUAACAUCUAUCAAUUUAGUGUCAAAGCUAUAAACAGCUACUUAUGUAAAAUUUCGUUGUUCUAACUGUAAACGAUUAGCUGUCAAAAAAAAAAUUUGUUGUUUCAAACCGCAAAGUAGUGUAUGCUUGAUUUUAACUAGAGCUUGGUUGUACCAAACAAAUGUUAAUUGCUUCAAAAAAUAUUUGUUGUAUCACAUCGAAAUAAUUUUGCGCUACUCUACCAAUAGUCAUCUCAUUAGUGGAGUCACCAUGUUAUUUUACCGAUUACUCAACGUUUAAUCGACGAAUUGUAAUAAAAUCUAAUGCAAUAUCUUGGCUUCAGCUCUAAGAAGAAAUGCCGCAGAAAAAAUAGAUCGAAAAUUGUUCAAUACUAUUGACAUUGAAAUAUGUUCUACUGCGUGUACAAUUUUGAAGCAAAAAUUGUCCUGAUUGAAUGAAACUUUUCCAAAACUAAUCAACCCCACCAACAAUUUCUUGGCUUCCAAAUGAAUCAAUAGAGACAUGAGACAUUUUUUGCUUUCAUGCAUACAAAGAUAACAUUGCUGGGGGUGUGUCAUUGCUCGAGUGAUAUCUCACUGAAACGUUUCGUUUUUCGCUUAAGGUGUUUGCAUUGCUCAACUGUAACGUUUCGUUACUCGUUUGUGGUGUGUGUCUUGGCUGGAUGUCAUUUCUAAACUGCCAGGACGAUAAAUAAAAAAUGACAGCUUAGUUGAAGCAGUAAUCGAUUAGUUGUAUUAAAUUUUAACCAAUCAAAUUCAGAAAAACAACUUACAUUUUAGUUGUUUUGCGAUUGCUGGCUUUUGCGUGUAAUCACAUAAAUCAGAUCAGUUACUUUUAUACGAUGUUUCGACCUUUUGGAGAAGAAAUAUUUCAACGUUGAUGUUUUGAAAAUCAUGGAAAACAUUAUUAGCUCUUGAGGUGUCGCACAGAGAAACAUCCGUUCUUAUUUAAAAUACCGCUAGACUCGAAUGCAAUUUACGGUCGUAUCUGUGCGAUAUUUUCAGUUUAAAAAUCCUUUCUGGUGGAAUAAUUCUUUUGGGCGAAAUGACCCAUUCGAUAAAACGACCCAUUUGACGAAAUGGAUUUUGGUGAAAUAUCCAUCGGUUCAAUGGUUUGCGACGAAGCUGCUUUGGAUGAAAUGACAGCGCCUAAAUUAUAACAACACUCAGAUCCCAAAAAUUGUGGAAAAAUCCUCUUUGGUGGAAGACUUUUUCAGUGAAAUAAUUCUUUCGGUGAAAUGACCCAUUCGAUAAAACGACCCAUUUGACGAAAUGGAUUUUGGUGAAAUAUCCAUCGGUUCAAUGGUUUGCGACGAAGCUGCUUUGGAUGAAAUGACAGCGCCUAAAUUAUGACAAAACUCAGAUCCCAAAAAUUGCCAUUGGCAUUGCAUAAUAUUGUUUCGUAUCCAGGGUAUUAGAACCAAAAUUUAGACAGAAUAAGUCAUGAAGCUGGGUUAAAGCUGUUUAAUACACAUUUUUUCAAAUUAAUACUACACACCUAGAAAAAUUCGUGUGAAUUCGUGACUUCGAGAAUCGAAAAUAACUAAUUUAUACAGCUUACAUAACACAUAUUUAUUGCAUUCUGACAUAUUUUUGAGUGCUGAAACAUGUAAAUUUACACGCCUGCUUGAAAAACUGGGUUUGCUUGACACGUAUUUGAAUCAUUCUUAUGAAAUUCAGUUAUUUUACGGAAUAAGUUCUUAUGAAUUGAGUCAUUGCAUUUCUAGAUCAAUACAAGCAGUUGUUUGAAUUAUAUGCUGCUGUAUCGGAAAAACAACGUUGCACAAACAGCGUUGUACAAAGCUAAAAUUCACAGAUAAAAAUAUUUUGUGAAUUUACAUCUAUUUUCAUGCACAUAUUUGGAGCAGGUAAUUAAACAUAAAAUUACUUCACAAUUCUGUACGUUUCAAUACAAUUUAAUCGCAAAAUAAGCGUUAAUUGGAAGAUACAGUUAUACAAAAAUUCAAUGCAAUUCAAUGUAGUUUUGCAUCGAUGAAGGUUUUCAAUCAAAAUUUCGAUUCAACCCAUGUUUAUUCCAUGUUCCUAUUGAUUUACAUCUCGUGUAAAUUUCAUUAUUUCUUUCUGUGAAUUGUCUUGAAACAAUGAAACAUUUUAUACAUAAAAAGAAAUCGGUACAAUUUUCAAUUGCCAAUUGCCUUUCAAGUAUAAAUUAAAUUCGAUUACAUCCAGACGCAUUUCGGAGAUAAUCACAAUAUUGAUGAUAUUUCGAAGAGACUAGCAAUAAACAAGGUUACUACAAAACUACACAGUUCUAUACACAGAAAUAAAUAAUGAAUUUUACAGCCGACAUCAUUCUUCAAACGAUACAAUUCAUAACUACUGGCGGGUGUGCUUUGUGAUCUAAUGUUUUUCGAUUCAAGCCGCGUUGUUGAUGUCGAUCUUUUGAUUUUUAUUCCUUUCGUUUUAAAGCCAUGUAAUUUUCGAAUCACUCAACGAUUCAUUUUUACCGGAUUUUUGACAACUUUGCCGAGUGUAAUCGUUAGCGUUUCCCCACCAGGCACGCUUUGUUCGAACCCAACUCAAACUAAAAAGGUGUUUCUUUCGAGAAAAUAAUUUUCAACUUUGCUUCUCUGACCAGAUCAAUCCCAGGCAAAGCACUUGGUUUCGUCCUGAAGCUGUCCUUUUCUAACUAGUUUGAAGUUGGUUCCACGCAGACGCAGAGUAGGGUCCUUCCUGAACAUCGGCAAAGCCUUUGCCAUAACCGAAGCCAAAUAUGUUUUAGCAUGUUUGAUUUUUAUUUAAGAGUAGCUAAAAACUUUUCUUUCUGUCGUAUCGGGGGAUGUUGAAACUACUGAACUAUUAGUUCAGCGGUAUCAUAAUUCGUUGAUUGAAAGUCGAGUAAACAAUGGGACGAUUAUUGGUAGGGGAGAGUGUUCGGUUACCGCCACCCUUUUUAUUUUAAGCUUAUAACUUCUGACUAAGUGCACAUUAUGCGAACAUAUAUACAUCAAUGGAAAGCUAAAGUCCCUAGCUAACAACUGAUUACGAAACUAAGUUGAUUCAUUCGAUUGAAAAAAAAAACUUAUUAUCAAUUUAGUAAAGUGGAACAUUUUGGCCAUUUCAAAAAAGGUGUUCGGUUUCCGGCACCCCAAGAGUUUGGGCUAAAAAUGGAGAAAUAUAAGUAAAGACUUCAAUUAUUCAAAAGAAAACCAGAAUUUAUUGUUUUCGGAGCCGUUUUGGACAAAAGUAUUCAUUGUCUGAUGGUGACUUUGCCUAGGCUCUCUUGGCCGAUGAUUUGGAUGGUGGCAUCUUUGGUGUUGAUUUGGCCGGUCUCCACGUUUUUUUUCUUAGCUGCGGUAUGAGUAACUAGAUGUUUGACCAAAACUUUGGCUUGCUUUGUUUCUUUGCAUCUCUGUAUAUUACUGACAAUUUUUCACGACUUGUCGAAAAAAAAUAAGAACACCUUUUGGGGUGCCGGUAACUGAAAUCGGUAGACAUUCUGAAAAUGAUGAAAAAAAAAACUUUUGUUGCGAAAAUUUUGAUUGCAUCCGGUAUUAAAUCACGAAAUAGAUCGAUAUCACCUCAUCAAUAUUCAAUGCACUCAACUUUUCGAUUGAUGCACUUCAAUAUAUGAUACUAUGAACAAGGUCAGAAAAAACUUUUGAGUUGAUUUUCACGCAAUUGAAAUUUGUUUUGAGCGCUGUAAAAAGUACAAGCGUCUGUUUGCUUUGGUAUUCGGCACAAAAAGAACAUGCUGCUAUUACACACACAUGACAUUUGUCGAAAUGACGCUAUCUACAUUCUGUCAAAUAAUACGGUGGGAUGCCGGCAACCGAACACCUUACUCUACAAUAACCGUAGUUAAUCAUACUGCGAGCAGAGCCGAGAUUCGUAGCGAGCUUCGGAUUGAUUUUGAAUGUUCUCAAAAUCCUCCGCUGCUGGUUUUGGACUAUUUGAACUCAUGUUACGACAAGUUUCGUAAAAAUUUGUAUAUGAGUCGGGUUUUGUCACUACACAGAUAAAAUUUAUUAAACUCAAAGGUGACUCAAAAGACAAACACUUAAAAAUGUAAUAAUUUGUUCGACGAUGACACUAUAUUAUUUCAGAUAAAUUGACUGUGAAGUUGAAGAUAUUACAUAUUUUUACAUGCUUUGAAUCGUAAAUUUAAGUAAAGUACGACGCUCCUUUUAUGUGCAUCUAUAAAGUCGUAAAUUUACACGAAUUUUUCAAAUUGUGCACAUAUGGCACAAUUAAAAAAAAAACAGAAUUCAUAAACGGACAGGAUUUAACAAGAAUAAUUUCAAUAUGUGUCUAAAAUUUCCCACCUUCCAAGCAGACGUGUUGACUUACAUGUUUCAGCACUUAAAAAUAUAUCAAAAUGCAGUAAAUUUGUGUUUGAUUAACUGUAAAAAUGACUUUUUCAUACACUCAAAAAUGUUGGUCUUAGAAGAUAUAAAUUAACACUAUUUUUUCUUGGUAUGAAGUUAAAUUAACAAAAAUAUUUAACAAACACCAAAGAUAGAUAGAGUCUUAUAUAUUUCAUUAUGAGUAAAGGUCUAUUUCGUUGAAGAUCAUUACACCGAAAGGAUUUUUUUUGCUGAAUCAAAAAUUCUCUAAAAAUUGUAUUGCAAUUAAUUUACGAUUGAAAAAAUUUACAGAUAAAAAUAUUGGUGUUCCAUCCUGAUUUGCUAACCCAGAAUCGCACAUUCGACUGGAAAUCGAAUCCAGGCAGGUUGCAUAAUCAUAGGAAUAAUCGUACGUUUCAAAUUGGCAAAAGUUUGAAAUAACGGAAGAAAAAUCUCUCGUGAUUGAACUUACAUGAUCCUCAGAUUGGAAAUUACAGGAAAGUUUGUUAGUAUCAGCAUACUAUACGCUUUGAUGCAUCGACUAUCUUCAUUUUUCGGUACUUCUCAUUUAACUCUGCGCAAGCGAAAAGUUGACUAAUGCAUUUUCACCACAUCGCUUCAUACUCGCGUGCUGUCUGACUUCGCUGUUGCUCGCUCGAGUCUGACUAUGGUAGAAAAAAACAAGCUUUUAAUACCCGGCAAAACAAGGCGAUCACAAGUUUGUAAGCAAGAGGCUGUCGUUGCGAUGACGAUGAGUCGAUUGUAAUGAAGUAUUUCGUUAGCUGAAGCUAGCAGGUCUAAAUAUAAAUAUAAAUCGACUAAUUUCGGAAAACAUUGUGUUUUGGCAGAUGUCCUAAAAAUUCAGGUUAUCUUGAGAGAAAUAUUCGACUAUGGGAUUUGCAAUUUUUUAGACUUCUCUGGGUAGAUGAUUUCAAGUUCAAGAGGUUAAUUUCAACCACAACCACUCGGGUAUGUAAUGCACAUGUACGUUGCUCUAUUCGAGUGAAUUACAUUUCAAAAUGUAUCCGCUGGAAUAUAGUUUUGGAAACUUAAUUCAUCUACUAUAUUCUCAUCUAUCUUUUGAUUGAUGUUGAUGAAUAGUCAAUCUAAGUCGAUGACAACUAUACGUACAAAAUAAAAUAAUCUAAUUACAGUUUCAGGAAAGCGACAAAUUUUGACAAAAAGCAGAAGCAGUUUUCUUCACUGCCGCUUCCUACGAUUGUAAUUUGCUCCUUAAGUUUUAUAUUGUUACGGUUUUUUACUUUUUCAAGUGAGCUGUUGAAUAAGUCAAUGACAUGCGUAUAUGGUUGAAAUUAAGUGAUAAGGUGUCGGUAAUGAGUUAUCUGAAUAAAAUAGAAUUAAUAUUAAUGCCAUUGCAGUUUUCAAGUGAUGACUCGACAAUACUAUCGCUGACUUUCAAACCCGUUGAAGCUUUCUCAACCACGAAACCCGUUUGAUGUUUGAAACUUUAAGGACUCUAUUUUUAAUUUGGAUUUUAGAAAGCUUUAACAUCAAUAGUGGUUGUUUUUCGGAUAAGAAUAAAUCGCUGACUGUGCGAUUCUCCAUCUCCAUGGAAGUUUUCUGAAAUAUAGGUUACUUAAAUAGCUGAAGGAUUUACAUCUUGUUCACUUUUUAUAACUUCUACAGCGUAUACGCAUCCAGAUAGUAGUAAAUCAACUAAAAAAGACAGUAAAGAGAACAUUUCUAUUGUUCAAAUUUAAGCACAUUGAUGAAAAACUCAUUAUAUUCUCAAUUGUGCUUGUAUAUUGUUAAAACGGGAAAUAGGUUCCGGUGAAAACGCUACGAGACAAAUCUUAACUUAGGGUUCUUCAUUGCAAAGCGGAGCUUGACAGGCCUAGCAGCCGAUUCAUAAAUGGAUAGGACAAUUGCAGGGUGUCAGUGUCACGAUCUUCAGAAAUAAAAACGAGAAUUGACUAAGUCUAAUGAAUGACUCAGCACGCAACUUUCUAGCAAAUUGAAAGGUGUUUCAUUGAAUUCGUUUAACACAAAUACUAAAGCGGAUUUCCUAUAUUUAUUGUCGUGUAUUUCCCUUUUUCGAUUAUACAGAUUCUUACCUUGAUUCUAAAAAAUUAACAGUUUCUUUCUGAGCUUAAGUGCGGGGUUGGGAAUCGAACCUAGACCGUCUGCGUGAGAUGCAUCGACUUACACCUCACGCUAUAUCCGUACCCUUGUUUCUGGUUAUGAUAAUGUGUGAUUGUGAUUGAUAUUGUGAUUAAAAUUGAUUACUACAGAUCAUUAAAUUUUGCAAUAUAUAAAACAUUCUUAUAAACGGAACGGAGAUUUUAGAGCAAAUAAAAAGCAACCAAGUAAGCAAGUUUACUUUCUCUUCCGAAUGUUGUGACACGGUCACAAACAUUUUCCUUACUAUUCCAGUAAUAACCAAUAUUCGAAAGUGGUAAAGUAUACCACAUUUCACAGUGUAGUAAGUUAAUUUAAAAAUUUUAGUAACUUAGUUAAGCAAUAUGAACGAUAACGGAGACGAAUUACGGGGAUGACAGAAAAGAUUGUUAUAUCAUAAGAUAUUCCUAGCAAAUUUUCCAAAAUUUAUUUAUUUCAGCUGCCAAAACAUUGGGAGGGCAUGGCUACUCGAAUAAAUCUUUUGGAGGGGCAAAAAGUGCUUAGCCCCCGCCAUAGUAGCCGCCCCUGACAAUUCUUAUUCAUCUUCUUAAUGAGAGAUUUUCUUUUGAAAUCAGACACUACUCUUGCGAAUACAAAUUGUCAACUGUCAUACCGGAACCGAAUUGUUAAACACUUACGCGGUACUGUGUAAUCCACCCUAGGCAGCAUCCUGAAAAUCGCUGGAAAGUUUCAUCAAAAUGUUUAGGAGCAUAAACUGACUGUAUCACAACCAAACACUUUUUGCCCGCAAAAGUGCGAUAUGAAAAUGAACCUUAUCAGCUCAUCAAAAUCAAUUAGCUCAAUCAGCAAAUUCAUUUUCCGUGGCUUUCCAACAUGACAUGUAUAGCUUUCCUUCUAGCCACCAACAUACAAGGUUCUGGAAAAUGGGGAAAAAAUCCGUUGGAUUCGUGUUAAUCAAAAUUCGCUGUGUAUGACAAUUUUACUCUCCUCGUUCCUCAUCGAUGAAUUUACGCUCAUAACCGAUCUCCGUCGGUGUCGGUUGUAUGAUUCGAGCUUUAUCAUUUUCCAUUUUAAACCUUGUCCUUCCUUUCCUUACUAGAUUUUAAGAGAAAUCAAUGGACAAUACAUAUUAUUCUCAACUAGUGGGAAGACAUACUAAAAGGAUAGUAAGCAGCCUUUCCACUGUUCCAUUGGACAAGUGAAAAGUAUGCUACAGUAUCCUUGAUCAGUUAUAUUUACGAUUGAUAGUGUAGAAACUCAGAAACAGCAUAGUUAUUCGUAGCACUAAGAAAUGAAACAUGAGAUAAAGAAACGGGAAAGUUAAGCUUAACAUCAAACUAUUCUGAUACUGAUUACUAAAAAGAAAAAUCAAGACAAUAAACUAAAAAGUAGCAUAUUUUCAUACAAUUCAACAGAACGGAAAACCUAACAAGCUCAUUGAGUCAGGUGGAUCAAACUGUCAGACAAUAAUGACAACAUAGCUUAAAACCGAAGACAAUAACAAUAACACUUGUUCCCACGCAAAAUCAAACAUCAGUUGCCUAGCAUCUAAUGACGACAUUCAUGGAUACGGUUAUUCUUAGUCCCUUCAAAUUGUGUACUUGUUGAUCUUUUUGGCAGAAUCCCCACUUACCGAUAGAGUACUGACAUAAACAACCCUCCAGGCCCCCAGUAUAGGCGUAUGCAGAGAUAUGCUCAAUAAGGAAGCCGAAAUUGGCUUUGCGAAGCAAAUUCUCCGAGGCGAAGUGAAUGAUGCGGAAGUUGUUCAAAUUUUCGUGGUACGUGUGUAGUAGUUACGAGCGAGCCAUUGCGAUACCAACAAGAAGACCCGUGAAAGAAAAAAAAUGGGAGGGGAAGUUUUUCGCGUGACUAGAAAAUAAAUGACCCGAGCGGAAGCAUCUGGAUGAGCUUCGCUGGAUGUGCAAAAUGCUCACGAUAAGAUGAAAACUUGUGUAUCAUGAUGAAAAAGAAUAAAAAAAUACAUAUAUUUACUGUAUUUACUCUCCCCCUUCUGAACAGAGAAUAAAGUCAACAUUGAAUACAAAUAAAGAUUGAGAUAAAAUUGCA